AUGUCUUUCAAAGCCGUGACUUUGCCGAAGUCUUUGUCCGACCCAAAUCAGUGGGACAAACUCGUGGACCAUUACAAAGAAUUCCGACUCCUCUCUCUGCAACUAUCCCCAGAGUCUUUCAGCUCAAACUAUGCACGCGAAGCGGAGUUUACGAAGGAUGUAUGGGAAGCCCGCUUGAGUAACCCACUAGCAUCUAGUAUCAUCAUCGUGUCCGAUCCAGAGCCCGGUUCAGUUGACGACGUCUCGCUGAUUCUGAACCAACCAUGGCUCGCAUCGCUUGUUCUGUAUGGCCCACUCGAAGCCAAGACAGCGGCCAAAACAUGGGAAGAUCUGCAGAAAUUCGAACCCGGAAGCACUUAUUUUGGUCCGAUUGCGGAUGAGAUUGAGUCUGCUUACGUCCUCAACGCGAUUUACGUUCCUCCAUCUCAGAGGCGCAAGGGCUUGGCGAAUAAGCUGAUCGAGUAUGCCAAGGAACUUACAGUCAGACAAAAUGAGGGCAAAAAAGCUAUGCUGGUUCUUCUUGUCAACUUCGACUCUGUCGCGGCUAUGAAAUGCUACGAGAAGUCGGGAUUCGAAGCAGUGCAUGAUUACUGGUUCGAUGAUCCUAAUACUUCUGGAACGUCUCGAGGUCAUGCAGCUGUCAUGAGAUUGGAUAUCGGCGGGAAUGAUUCCUCAAGCUAG